AUGGCCUCUGCGGACUGGCGAUUUGGAGUGAUCUUCCUUUUUGAGAUCGGCAUCGGAGCCUCGGGGAAUUUAGCACUCUUGUGUCACUAUUGUAUCCUGUGCUGCAGGGGCUGCAGGCCCAGGUCCACCGAUGUGAUCCUCAGGCACCUGACUGUGGCCAACACCCUGGCCAUUCUCUCCAGGGGAAUCCCAGAGACCAUGGCAGCGUUCGGGAUGGAAGGCUUCCUCAGCGAUGCCGGAUGCAAGCCGGUGUUCUACGCUCACAGGGUGGGCAGGGGUGCGUCCAUGGGCAGCACCUGCCUCCUGAGUGUCUUCCAGGCCGUCGGCAUCGGCCCCAGGCGCUCCAGGGGGGCAGAGCUGAAAGCGAAGGCCCUAAACCACAUUGGCUCGUCUAGCGCCCUCUGCUGGGGCCUGCACAUGCCGCUCAGCGUCAGAGUUCCUGUGCUGGGGAGCGACACAGGGGUCAAUGGAAACAUCACCGAAACUGUUGAUUUCCAGUGCUGUUCAGCUACGCUUCCUGACAAAGAUAAAGCUUCUCUGUUUGGGGUGUUGACACUCUCCCACGACAUUCUGUGUUUGGAGCUCAUGGUCUGGGCCAGUGGCUCCACGGUUUUCAUCCUGUUCAGGCACAAGCAGCGGGUCCACCAUCUCCACAGCCACAAAAUCUCAUCACGACCUUCCCCUGAGACGAGAGCCACCCAAAGCAUUGUCAUCCUGGUCUGUGCCUUCGUGUCCUUCCAUGCCCUGUCUUCCAUCAUUUACUUUUUGUUCCCCCUUCAUUACGAAACUGCCUGGUGGCUGGUCAAGACCUCUGCUGUCAGCAAUGCCUGUUUCCCCACUGCCGGCCCCCUGAUUCUCCUGAGUCGCGAGCAGUGUGUUUCCAGGGUCAUUUGGAAGAAGUAA